CACGUGGUUUUAACAAAAAUAUAAGAGGCGAAAAAGUGGAAGAAUUAAAAAUAUAUAAUUAACUAAAUUAAAAACGAAAUUAAAGUAGAAUAUUGAAAAAUUUCUUCAAAUUAUGGCUGAAAUUGCCUUGAGCGUGGCUGAGAAAACAUUUAUUCUUCAUGGAGUUGAUUCGGACUCGAGAAUUGAUGGACGAUCACGAUUAGAAUAUCGAAUGUUGGAAAUAGAAACAAAAUUAAUGGAACAAGUUAAUGGUUCGGCUCGUGUUCGUUUGGGUAAUAGUGAUAUUUUAGUUGGAGUUAAAAUGGAAAUUGAUACACCAUUUCCCGAUAGGCCUUAUGAGGGGAAAAUUGAAUUUUUCGUCGACUGCUCAGCAAAUGCAACGCCUGAUUUUGAGGGUAAAGGAGGUGACGAUUUGGCAAAUGAAAUAAGCAGUGCUCUAUCGCGGGCUUAUCAAUCGCCACAAACUUUUGAUUUAAAUUUUCUCUCCAUUUUGCCACAUAAAAAAUGUUGGAAAAUGUUUGUCGACGUUUUGAUUCUUCAAUGUGGAGGAAAUUUGUUUGACGUUGUUGGCGUUGGUGUAAAAGCGGCUUUAAAUUGUACAGAAAUUCCUAAAGUCACUUCGGCAACAAUUGAUGGCUCAGAGGCUGAUAUUCAUUUAUCAGAUGAUAUUUAUGAUUGUAUUAAAUUGGAUGUGACGAAUUUUCCCUUAUUUGUCACUGUUUGCAAGAUUGGAGAUAAUUGCAUUGUUGAUCCCACAUCGCAAGAGGAAGUUUGCAGUGCGGCAAGUAUAAUAAUGUCAGUAAUGCCCAAUGGAAAAAUAACGUCAACAAUAAAAAUGGGAUACGGAAGUCUUUUAUCAACAACUUUGGGAAAAUGUUUAGAGAUCGGAACCAAAGUUGGAAUUAAACUUAAUGAAGCAGUUAUUUCACAAUUAAAGAGGGAAGAGAAACUAGGACCUAAAAAACAAUUUUUUGGAUUUCUUCGAUAAUUUCUUAAUUUUUUUCUAUCAUUAUUAAACUACUUUUUAUACCAAAAAAAAA